CCUUUUUGUGUGUCUGUGUGUCCGUUUGUUUCUUUGUUAUUAGCUGCCGCCUGGAAAGGUGGAAGUCAUGGCGCUCCGUGUUACUAGGAACAUGAAGCUCAAUGCUGAGAAUAAACUGAAGAGCAAUGUCCCAGGUGCCAAGAGGGUGCCUGUACCCACUGCUCCCUCCAAGCCUGGGCUGAGGCCAAGAAUGGCCCUGGGUGAUAUUGGCAACAAAGUGUGUGAGCAGCAGCAGCCACCUCCAUCGAAAAUACCUCUGAAAAAGGAAGCCAAAGCUCCUAUAGCAAAAGUAGCUGCUAAAAAAGCCCCCAAACCAGUAGAAAAGAUGCCUGUGCCUGAACCAGUUAAGGAAGAGAAACUAACUCCUGAGCCUAUUAAGGUGGAUUCUCCAUCCCCAAGCCCAAUGGAAACGUCUGGGUGUGCACCUGCAGAAGAGUUUCUGUGCCAAGCUUUUUCCGAUGUCAUACUUGCAGUGAAAGAUGUUGAUGCAGAGGAUACAGCUGAUCCAAACCUUUGUAGUGAAUAUGUGAAAGAUAUUUAUUGCUAUCUUAGACAACUUGAGGAAGAGCAGGCCAUCAGACCAAAAUACCUGGUGGGUCAAGAAGUCACUGGGAAUAUGAGAGCCAUCCUAAUUGACUGGUUGGUACAAGUGCAGAUGAAGUUUAGGUUGCUACAGGAGACUAUGUACAUGACUGUGGCCAUUAUUGACCGAUUUAUGCAGGAUAAUAGCGUGCCUAAGAAACUGCUGCAGCUGGUAGGUGUUACAGCUAUGUUCAUUGCCAGCAAGUAUGAAGAGAUGUACCCACCUGAAAUUGGGGACUUUGCCUUUGUAACUGACCACACAUACAGCAAGCACCAGAUUCGGCAGAUGGAAAUGAAGAUUCUAAAAGCUUUAGACUUCAGUCUGGGUCGUCCUUUGCCCCUGCACUUUCUACGCCGAGCAUCUAAGGUUGGAGAGGUUGACAUUGAACAGCACACCUUAGCCAAAUACCUGAUGGAACUCACAAUGGUGGACUAUGAUAUGGUCCACUUCCCUCCUUCCCAGAUUGCAGCAAGUGCAUUUUGCUUGGCAUUGAAAGUCCUCGAUAAUGGUGAAUGGACUCCAACUCUUCAACACUACAUGUCUUAUACGGAGGAGGCCCUUCUUCCUGUAAUGCAACACAUGGCUAAGAAUGUGAUCCUGGUGAACCGAGGGCUUACAAAGCACAUGGCUAUCAAGAAUAAGUAUGCCAGCACUAAGCAUGCAAAGAUCAGCACUAUUGCACAGCUGAAUUCUGUAGUAAUUCAAGAUCUUGCCAGGCCACUAACAAAAGUGUAACUCUUGAUCUUGAACUGUAGUGAAAUCUGCAAUAAAAUUGGCACCAUGUGCCUUUUUGUACAUAUUAUAACUCCCAAAUAUUUGUCAUAAUAAAGUUUUCUUUUGUCCCUUUUA